AUGCCAGAUCCCAUCCAGCAUCGAUAUCAAGGCUCUCGUACAGCUGCACCUUCCUCCAGUCGACAGAGGGACAACCAAAUUCAACAUCGAGCCCAGUCCCUCAGCUAUAGGCAGUUACUCCAACAGAGAUUGCAGAAAUACGGUUGGAGUGCCACUUUUAAUGUCGAAUGCACUGGUCCGCAACACGCUCAGCAGUGGAGUGGCUCGUUUUGGAUCGGAGGAAUCAAAAUCGGCCAAUCUUCGUGGCAUAGCAGCAAAGAUGCAGCCAAGGAAGAAGCUGCUCAACACGCAAUGUCUUGGUUUAAUACCCAGUUGGGGGUAUUAGGCCACCACGAGCGACUCCAAUAUCGCCUGACAGAGUAUGGCUGGACCUCAACGUUGAGUGUGGAAUGGACGGGAUCGCCCACAGCCCGACAGUGGAACGCAACCUUUUGGAUUGGUCGGAUCAAGAUCGGGCAAGCUUCUUCACAGGAUAGUGAGAGCGCAGCCAAGGAAGAGGCCGCUCUGCGUGCUAUUGAGUGGUGCCAGGAAUAUGGAUACUGCGGGAAACAACCAUCCAGCUAUCAAGAACUACUCCAGCACCGUGUGCAAAAGUACGAGUUGACGGCGACGUUUGUUCGUAGUUACGGUGAACCCAUGAAUGGCAUUCGUUGUCGUAUUUCGUAUUGGAUUGGGAGAUACAAAACUGGUGUAUCGGAUUGGCGGGAUAGUGAAGAUACUGCCAGAGAAGAAGCUGCUCAACGCUCCCUCGUCUGGCUCGCGCGAAAUGGUUAUCCUUGA